UUUCUAAAGUCGGAUCCUCCGAUGGCGGUGAGAAUAUCACCGCUCCGCCUCCGUUUCCCUUCAUUUAUCGUAACUGCGUCGAGAUCGCAGGAAGCUGCAACGCCGUGCUGCGGCAGUGGCGGCGGUGGUGGAGGAGGAGGGCUUACUGCCCGCGCGAUGUCUUCUGCGCCGUCUCCGUACACCACUCUAAAGGAGCGCGUGAGCUGCGAGCGCGAGAUCAAGAAGAGCAAGUUCCUCGCCGUUGCCGCCCCCAUCUCCGACGAGCGCUCCGCCCAUUCCUUCCUCUCCGAGGUCCGAGAUCCGCGUGCCACACAUAAUUGCUGGGCCUACAAGCUUGGAGACCAGUAUCGGAGCAAUGACGAUGGCGAACCAUCUGGAACAGCUGGAAAACCAAUGUAUUCUGCCAUUGUUUCUUCGGGACUAGAUAUGGUGAUGGUGGUUGUUAUCAGGUAUUUUGGAGGUAUAAAACUAGGAACUGGAGGAUUGGUCAGGGCUUAUGGAGGAGUUGCUUCAGAGUGUCUCAAAGGUGGUACAACAUGUCUCGUGAAACCAAAAGCCCCGAUAGGUAUUGAGGUUCCAUUUGAGUUGUUGGGGACAGUGUACCAUCAGCUGCAACAUUUUCAAGCUGAGGACAUUAAAGAAGAUUAUGAUACCGGUAAAGACGGUGUGACCAUGGUUACCUUCAGAGUAGAGUAUGACAAAAUGGAGAGCUUGGAGGAUGCAAUUAAUUCCGCUUGCAGCCGAAAGAUUGAAUUUUACAAACGCUAGCAGAUAUUUCAAUAAUCUUAUAUACAGAGAUAAUGUUUUACAGAGCUAAUGGAAUCAUUUACUCAAA